CAAGGAUAACCGCAGCACGUUGUGGUGUGAAUUUGAGCCCGUCCUUUUUAGUGCCCUCCAAUUGGACUGGAUGCUUGGGAGUGAUGAAUAAUUAUGAGCCUUUGCUGCCAAACAAGAAGGCGCUUUUUGAUAUUCCUGUCGCAAGAACAGCCAGUGCAUAUCUAACAUCCCUAUUUCUUGCAGUUGCAGCUUUUGUGGCUGAUGGCAGCUUUAAUGGAUGCGAUAACGCAUUGUAUAUAAGGCCUCAAUUUUUCUUCAAUAACCCUUUGCUUUCGUUCAUCCAAUUCGUAAUAGGCCCAUACACCGAUGACCUAGGGAACGUAUUACCAUAUGCAGUUGAAGGUGUGGGUGUCCCUGUUGAUCCACUUGCUUUUGCUGGACUCUUAGGAAUGGUGGUAACAUCAUUGAACUUGUUGCCAUGUGGAAGACUUGAAGGUGGGCGCAUUGCUCAAUCCAUGUUUGGAAGAAGCACAGCCAGUGUCUUAUCUUUCACUACUUCAUUACUCCUUGGCAUCGGUGGUCUAAGCGGGAGUGUUCUCUGUUUGGCAUGGGGACUGUUUGCAACAUUCUUCAGAGGCGGAGAAGAAAUACCGGCAAAGGAUGAGAUCACUCCGUUAGGAGAUGAUCGAUAUGCUUGGGGGCUCGUACUCUUUCUCAUAUGUUUUCUUACUCUCUUCCCAAACGGGGGAGGGACAUUUUCUAGCUCAUUCCUUAGUGCUCCUUAUUUCAGGGAUGGUUUGUGAACAGGAGUACAGAA